GGCCCAAGAACUUGGCUAGGCAGAUGAGAGGACUCUUGUUCAUCUGUGCAGUGAGAAGCGUGAGUCUCCCAAGACUACUACACUCGAGCUCCAUCUCUAGCUCAGCUUCAGCUUCGUCGAGAGCUACCCUGAUCUCCUCCAAUCUCGCCGUCAAAAUUUCCCACACCGCCGCGUCAGGUUUGUCUUCGUCUAUUCUAUCUUCUUCCCGAGUGAUAACCACUGUCUCAUCAUCCAUGGCGGCUUCUGGAGGCGAAGGAGCUGUUUUCAAUCUGUCCGAUUCUAGCCUUCUCAAAAUCCUCAAAGGCGACAUCACCAAAUGGUCCAUCGGUGCAUCCUCCGAUGCUAUUGUGAAUCCAGCAAAUGAGCGAAUGCUAGGUGGUGGUGGUGCAGAUGGAGCAAUACAUAGAGCUGCUGGGCCACAGCUUAGAGCAGCGUGCUAUGAGGUCCCUGAAGCUCGUCCCGGAGUCCGUUGUCCGUUAGGGGAAGCAAGAAUCACUCCGGGUUUUAACUUGCCUGCAUCCCGUGUGAUUCACACUGUUGGACCUAUCUAUGACUCAGCUGUCAAUCCUAAAGAAUCCCUCACCAAUUCUUACAGAAAUAGUCUGAGAGUGGCUAAGGAAAACAACAUCAGAUACAUUGCAUUUCCUGCCAUAUCUUGUGGUAUUUACGGAUAUCCUUUUGAUGAAGCUGCUGUGAUCGGUAUAUCAACGAUCAAAGAGUUCGCCAAUGACUUUAAAGAGGUGCAUUUUGUUUUGUUCGCUGACGAUAUCUAUAGCGUGUGGGUAAACAAAGCAAAGGAGGUACUACAAAAAGCUUAAGAUAAGCAUGAAUAAAAUAGUUUGCUAUGUGUGUUGUGUGAAGAGAGACUUGUGAUGCUCCACACAAAGGAAACAUUUGCUAUUUGUGGUUGUGUGGUGAGAGUCUUGUGAUUGUCCGUAAAUGGGUAUGGUUUUUGAAGGAUUGUCUUUGCUUUUUA